UUAUAUUAGUGCAGAACACUGUACCUUUAAUUUAAAUGCCCUUGGAGUCUGCUGGGGAAGAGAAAUAUUACUGUCAGUCAGUAUGACAUGCAGAUGAGUGCCGUCGAUCUUAGAAUCACCGCACACUUCACUCAUUUGGGCAGUCACGGGGCACGACGAAGAAGAUGAAGAAGAAGAAGAAGAAGAAGAAGAAGAAGAAGAAGAUGAAGAAGAAGAAGAAGAUGAAGAAGAUGAAGAAGAAGAAGAAGAUGAAGAAGAAGAUGAUGAAGAAGAUGAUGAAGAAGAAGAUGAUGAAGAAGAAGAAGAUGAAGAAGAAGAAGAAGAAGAAGAAGAAGAAGAAGAAGAAGAUGAAGAAGAAGGAAGAAGAAGAAGAAGAUGAUGAAGAAGAAGAAGAAGAAUGAAGAAGAAGAAGAAGAAGAUGAUGAAGAAGAAGAAGAAGAUGAAGAAGAAGAAGAAGAAGAUGAAGAAGAAGAAGAAGAAGAAGAAGAAGAAGAAGAAGAAGAAGA